AUGCGCACAUCCCCCAACAGUCUGCUUCCUGCGAUUGCUUUUCACAGUAUCCAAUCUGUCCAUCUGUCUGCUCGUUGCUGUGUUACCUUCCUUGCUCAUAAGUGUUGUCCUUGUCUUGGGGCUUUUUGUUCAUCCUUCAAACAAAAGGACAGUAGUUCUCGUUUCUGUUCUGAUCGGGGCUGUCUGGCGUUCACGGCCGAUGUAUUGGAGCUUUUACAUCUGGUGUUUCCCUUGUCGGACGAUGCAGUGCUGUGUUUUCUUCUCCUCAGUAUCCAUAUUUCUAAUGUUUCUCAAGCAAGACCACCUCCAAACCAGAAAAAAGGAUCUCGAACUCCCAUAAUCAUUAUUCCAGCAGCUACGACCUCUUUAAUAACGAUGCUUAAUGCAAAGGACCUUCUGCAAGAUCUGAAGUUUGUACCAUCAGAUGAAAAGAAGAAACAAGGCUGUCAACGAGAAAAUGAAACUCUAAUACAGAGAAGGAAGGACCAGAUGCAGCCUGGGGGAACUACAGUCAGCGUCACUGUACCUUAUCGAGUAGUAGACCAACCUCUGAAACUUAUGCCACAAGACUGGGAUCGUGUGGUGGCAGUGUUUGUACAGGGUCCUGCUUGGCAGUUCAAAGGCUGGCCUUGGCUCUUGCCUGAUGGAUCACCUGUUGAUAUCUUUGCAAAAAUUAAAGCUUUUCAUCUCAAAUACGAUGAAGUACGUCUGGAUCCAAAUGUACAGAAAUGGGAUGUAACAGUGUUAGAACUAAGCUACCACAAAAGACACUUGGACAGGCCAGUAUUUCUACGCUUCUGGGAAACUUUGGACAGGUAUAUGGUAAAGCACAAAUCUCACUUGAGAUUCUGAAUCCUUCAGCUGCCAUUUAUUUCCUGAAGUAUGGAUUGAGAAAAAUGAAAGGGGCUCCAGUUUGGAGACCAGAGCUCGCACUAUAUGAUACGUCAAGAACUUUACAAAUGAAGAAGAGUCACAGUUUAAACUUUUUAUAAAAUCUUGUUUGGAUGCUUCAUGCUAUAGCAGGUUGAUACCUGUUGUUAUUCAGAAGCAAAGGGGUUUUGCUUAAAACUAUUUUUUUAAUGUUGUUAGCCUUCUAGUCUGCAAUCCAAAUUGUAUAUUUUGAUAGCAGCAGUUUCUUCUCUGUUUUGUUAAAUUAGCUACAUUUUUAAAUAAUGUGUUUUGUUCCUUAUUAGAAAAUAGAUUGAUCUGCACUGCAGGUUACAAAUGUGUGUGUGUGUGCGUGUGCGCAUGUGCGCACGUGUGUGUGUAUAUAUAUGUGUGCAUGUGUCUAUAUAUAUAAUGUAUAAAAAAAAAAUUAUAGACACACUUAUGCACACAUAGAUGUUACCAGGCUUUCUAAACCACUUAGCUUCUGAGCUUAGUUUUGGUUUUCUUUGCUUAUUGAUUCACUUACUGAAAAUAUUUUGUUGUGAAUGAUAUUACAUUUUAGUCAAUAGACUUGCAAGCUGAGCAAAGUGGAAAUUGUUUUGGAUAAAUCAAAAUGUCAACCUGUAUAUGUAUAUUCUGUCAGUCUUUGUUGAAAAAGGGAAGAUGAAAAAUCUAGAAACACUUUUUUGGAUUUGUAAUGUCCCGGUUUACUAAAUCUUUAAACUUUAUUAUAGGAAUACCUUCAAGUCAUGUUAACUUUAAAUUGCCAUUCUUCACACAGGUCUUUCUAUUUAAACUGAAAGUGUGCAUGUGUACAUUCCCAUCUAUCAAAGUACCUUUACAUAUGAGUCUAAAUGUUACCUAGAUUAAAUAAUGAAUAGAGAAAGAGAGUUUGGAUUUUUUUUUUCCUGAAACAGCCACCACAAGGAAUGAAUAAUUUUAACUUCUUUGCAUUUACGCCUCUAAUACCACCUCUAAUAUUAUUUUCUUGUGACAAAAGUAGCCCAGACUGUGUCUACAGGAGUUGUAAUUUUCUGAAAUGAGCGGCUAAUAUGGCCUCCUAACAGUCCUGCAUUGGAAUGGAAAAUGAGUCUACUCCAGUUACCAAAGAACAGAUUUGCUUGAUCUACAGUACAAGUAUAACUGAGGCCAGAAGACCCUGGUAUUUGUAUGGAUUUAUGGUAUCUCUGUAUCUAUUUAAUAACAUUAAGUUGAUGUUGCAUACCAGUGGAUGUAGAGAAUGAUCAAAUACUGUAACACCUGCAUGAAUUUUUUUCUGGGAUAGAAGAUACAUGUUUAUAUUCCUGUUCUUGAAAUUCCAAACCAUGUUUUUUUAAUAUACUUUACAUUUAAAGUUUGAUGAAAGUAAAAUGUUCUACCUAUUCUUCUUUAGUUCUGCUUUUUAUUUGAUGUUACCUUCAUUUUUAAUAAAACUAGAAGGCACAUCUCCUUAAGAGGUUUUUAAAACUAUGUCUUAAAUUUAUGAGGACUGGGAGGUCUGACUUUUAAUUAAAUGUUUCCAUCCCUGCUAUAUCGAGACUACUAUUUUUAAAUGAUCUUAAUGGAAAUGUAAAAAAA